AUGGCUUGGGUGUCAUGCCAAACCAAGUUAUCGUACAAGUAUCGCCGCCGUACACAUACCGUCACACCGUCCUUGGAGGAGUCCUACCUCCGGGUCGAUGUGUCGUGUGCCAGCGAGGCAUGCGACUCGUGCCGUGUGGGUUUCGGAGCCGAAGACUUCGGCGCCGCCGCCACUUUUGCCUCCGGCGCCGGCGCGACGGCGGCUCCCACGUCUUCCCUUUCCGCAUCGGCGCCUUUUUACCUCAUUCCGGAUGACGUGGCGCUUUCGGAGCUCCUAGAGCUAUUUGAACUUCCGGACAUUUCAAAUUACGUCAUCCUGGCCAGCUGCAUCAAACAGGUGUCGCUCCAGUCGGGUCGGAAGGCCUCCCGGCUACGUGCUCUGUACAGAGACCGCCGCCGCCGUGCCGUACUGUUUGACGACCUGCACUGCCUGGACACAGCUGUGGCGGCCACGGGGGCGGACCCCUCCCUGCCGCCGGUGCUGGCGGCCGGACUGUACUACACACAUCACCUGGGGGCGCGGGUGCCGGUGAUGGUGGUUUCGGAUCGGCUGGGGGGGAUGUUAGCGGCCGUAUCGACGGCGGCUGCUGCGGCGGCGGCGGCUGGGGAGGUCGGGAGCGGCUUCGGUGCAUUAGAGCGCGCCCUGGCAGCCAACCUGGCCGAGGCGGCGGCGGAGGGCGUGACGGUGCUGUCCGCCGCCGAGUACGUCAGCCGUUACUGGCCGCCGGGGUCCCCGGUUUCGGAGCUGUACGACUCCCUCAUGGCCGCCAAGCUGGCAACGACGGCUGGCGACGGCGGCGGCGGCGGCGGCCGCGGGCGCGGCGGCGAUGCCGCAUACACACCGCACUUGACGCAGCAGGAGGUGGAGGAGGGACUGGCUGCUGGUGUGCUUAUGCGGGGCGUCGUACACGUGAGUCGCCGCAAUCCUCGUGAGGCGGUUGUGGAGCUGGGUCACGGUCCGGAUGCGGCGUUGGGGCGGUUGGUCCGGGUUUCGGGGCGAGCCGCGCUCAACCGGGCGAUGGAAGGGGACGUCGUGGCGGUCCGGCUACUGCAGCAAGGCGGGCCACACAGCGCAGCCGCCGCCGCCGCCGCUGCAGGUGCCGCUGGCGUCGCCGCCACAGCGACUUCGGCGGUGGCCGCGGCUGCGGGCAAUGACGACAUUGACGAUGACGAUCCGGACGCGGAUGCCGCCAGCGCUGUAGCCCCACCUGGCGAUGGCGCGACUGCAUCUAGUGCGGCUACUGUGGCUACUGCCACUAUUGCUGACCCGGACGCUGACUUCGGUGCCGAGCUGUUGAGUGAUGCGGCUGAUGGCAACGGGGCGGGGGGUGAGGAGGGCGCACUGGCCAUGUCCGAGGCGGCGGGUGCAGCGGGAGCCCUGCCUUCGGGUGAGCCCCCAUCGGUUUGGUUUGGCUGGUACCCCCGCGGCCACGUCACCCGGCUGCUGGGCCGCCUCAACGACCUGCGGGCGGAGAGCGAGGCGGUGCUGGUGCAGUGUGGCAUUAGCCACAGGGUGGGGUCGGCGGAGGGAUUCAAGUCAUCACUGCCCUUUUGCGAUGCCGCGCUGUCUGAGCUGCCCCGUGUGUCUCGAGCCGAGGAGUGGCGGGUGCCCCCGCGGGAGAGGGCGACGCGGCGGGACCUCACCGCGCCCGAGUACUUCGUGGUGGGCUGUACGGACGUCGACGACGCCAUGCACGUCCGCUUCCUGCCGGCCCUUCCGCCACCCCCCAAGCCCAUGUACGGCAGCACCACUUUGUACGACAGCUCAUCCGACGCAGCGGGUGAUCAGCUUGUGGAAGUCGGCGUCCACAUUGCUGACGUCAGCUGGUUCGUGGCGGCUGGCGGCAUGCUGGACGGCGAGGCUCGGGACCGGUGCACCUCCGUGUACUUGGUGGACCGGCGCCUCGAUAUGCUACCCGGGCUGUUGUCCGAGCAGUUAUGUUCGUUAAGGCAGGGGGUUGAGCGGUUGGCAGUUAGUGUGAUCUGGACGAUGCGACGGAGACCAAGGACGACGAGGCCGCAUGGGGAGGCUGGAGGGCCGGCGGCGGCGGAGGAGGGGCGGGAGUACGAGCACGAGGUGAAGGAUGUGUGGUACGGCCGUACGGUAAUCUGCAGCCGGCACCAGUUGCACUAUCAGCAGGCCCAGGACAUCCUUGACGGGCGACCCGCCUCCCCGGGUGACGAGCUUCCUGCGGACCACGUGGCGGUGCUGCGGGGGGCACUGAAGGUGCUGGACGAGCUGACGGCUCAGCUCCGCUCCCGGCGUGUGUGCUGUGGAGCUCUAGAGCUGGCUAGUGCGGAACUGCGGUUCCAGACGGACCCCGCCACCGGGGCCCCCUGUCAGGUGGAGAGCAAGAAGAAGAUCCACAUGAUGGACGUGGUGGCGGAGAUGAUGAUUGCGGCCAACUCGGCGGUGGCAGAGCGCAUUGCCAUGGCCUUCCCGGGAGCAGCGCUGCUCCGGAACCACCCACCACCCAGGCCGCAGGCCUUCGAGCAGGUUCGCGCUCUCAUCGAGCCGUACUCGGGCGGCGACACCGUGGACCCCUCCUCCAACGUCUCCCUGGCAGCCGCCCUGGAGCGGGCCUGUGCCGCCGCCGCCGCCGCAACCGACCCCGCCGCCGCCACCCUCAUAAAGAGCCUGGCCACGCGCGCCAUGUCGGAGGCGCAGUACAACAGCUCCGGAACCACGCCGCCCGGCACACCGUUGUCGUACCACUACGGCCUGGCGCUGCAGUACUACACGCAUUUUACGUCGCCCAUCCGCAGGUAUGCGGACGUGGUGGUUCACCGGCAGUUACUGGCGGCUCUGUCCGGAUCCCCUCCCCCGCAGCUGCACCCCGACCUGGCGGCUGCAGCAGCCACCAUGAACGCACGGCACAGGCAGGCCAAAGCUGCCCAGAAGGAGUGCAGUGAGCUGUACCUGCUACUGCUGCUGCACUCCCGACCGCACGUGGAGAGAGCGCUGGUGUGCGGUAUCACCGGCAACCGACUGGAGCUGUUCAUCCCCUCCUACCACCUGCGAGCCGCUGUGGCGCUCACAGACCGGCGGGGCCUGCCGCGGCCCCCUCUGCGGCCGGGGCAGCCCGAGGGCCCGGCGGCGGAGGAGGACCCCUUCCUGGCGGCCGAGCGGAGGGGCCUCAGGCUCAGCGGCACAUCGGAGGAGGUCUCCAUUACCGACGCCGGCACCGGUUCUAUCGUGUGGGCGGUGCGGCUAUGGCAGCCCGUCUCCGUGCGCCUCAAUGCAGCGGAUCACAGGGCGCAUGGGCCCAAGCUGGCGCUGAGACUGCUGGACCCCUCGCAUCCAGACGCAGUGCAUGAGGGACCGCCGCAGCUGCGGCCGCAGCCGGCGGCGGCGGCGGCGGCGGCGGCGCCUGGCGGCGCGGCAGCGGCCAUGCUCCCUCCUCACUUGCGCCUGCUGAUCAGCCUUCGGGACAAGGCGGGCGAGCGACGCGGCGGCGGCGAGCCAAAUGGUGCAGCACCUUCGGCGGCGGCUGGGGCCGGUCAUGGUGGUGGCGCUGGGCCAGGGCCGCCGCCACCCUACCGGGACGUGGUGCCGGCGGCUGCCGCCAGGUCGGGUGCUGAGGGGGCCGCCAGCGGGGCCCCGGCGGCAGGGCAAGUCCACCAGCGGGUUGUGUCCGUGCAGGAAGGCAGUAGCAGCGGCAGUAGCAGCCGCGGUGUAAGGACCCCGGUGGCGGAAGCAGCCGCGCGCUUUGGGGCGGACGAUAGGGAGGGUGACGCUGAUGGCGAUAUGGGUGAUGUAGCAGCAGGAGCAACUGUAGCAGCUGGUGUGGGUGUGUUGGCCGCGCCGGCGGCGGCGCUGGUAGCGACGGCGACUCCCCCCAUAACUCUGGCGGCGGCGGGUGUCGCGUAUACCAGGGCCGUGGAGAGGGCGGUGGCGGUCAGCCAAGGUUCAGGAGCGGCUGAGGGGCCCCUCGCGGGAGGGUCGAGUGCUGCGGAGCGGGGCGGUGUUACGCAGGCACCUGAGGAGGACGGGGUGGGGUGGCAGCUGCGUGAGCUUCGAGCGCGGCUUCGGCGGGUUUCACGGCUUGAGAUGCGGCUAAUGGCGUGCCGUAAGGGAUCGAACCAGGAGCGGAAGCUGCGGGAGCGGUUGGAUGAGCUUAAGGCAAGCGUACGGCAUCUUCAUGCAUGA